GGAAGAGGGAUCAAAAACCAGCAAUGGGUUUUGCAGAGUGGGGAGAUCGAAACCAGUCAUGGCCAUGGUCAUGGUUGCUUUCUCAAGUGCAGGAAUGGUUCUCAUGUCUCAGUUUGCCCUCAACCAUGGCAUGAACAAUUUCGUCUUGGUCACUUACAGGCACGCCUUCGCAACCCUAGUCCUAUUUCCCACCGCCUUCAUUCUCGAGAGGAAGGAUGAUAGACCGAAGCUUACCAUGGCGAUCUUCUGCUAUCUUUUCUUGAGUGCGCUUCUCGGAAUAACAAUGGGUCUAAACCUUUACUACCUGGGCAUGAACCGGACCUCAGCAACCUUCGCUUGUUCCUUCAACAACCUUGUUCCUGCACUUACCUUCUUCAUGGCCUCGGUAUUUAGAGUCGAAAGGGUCCGAAUCAAUGGGGCUGAGCACAGGGCAAAGAUUGCAGGUACUGCAAUAUGCAUCGCAGGAGCCAUGAUCCUAACAUUAUACAAAGGCUGCAGAGUCAAGCUGUGGGUUACCCAUGAUACCAGCAACAAUUCCAAGGAUUUGAUGAAGGCCUCAAGGGAUUCUUUAGAUUGGACCAUUGGAGGGAUUAUGCUUAUGGCAAGCAGCCUCUGCUGGUCCGCUUGGUACAUAAUUCAGGCCAGAAUCAGUGAGAAAUAUCCAGCGAGCUUCUCUACGACCGCAUGGACUUGUUUCUUGGGUGCCUUGCAAUCCGCGGCUGUAACCCUGAUCUUCGACCAUGAUUUCUCAGCUUGGAAGCUUGGGUUGGACAUGAAUCUCCUUACCGUAAUCUACUCUGGUUUGGUGCCAUCAGGCAUAGGCUUUUGCAUUGUGUUUUGGUGUAUAAGAAAGAGAGGACCAUGCUUUGUCACUGUGUUCAGCCCCUUGAUCCAAAUCAUAGUCGCAAUCUUAAGCCCCAUGAUCCUAGCCGAACAUCUCCAUCUCGGAAGUAUUUUAGGAGCAGUUCUCAUAAUUGGGGGCCUAUACGCUUUCGUAUGGGGCCAAAGCAAGCAGCUCCUCGACCAGCCAGACCAAUGUACGGUGCAGGAUAUCGAACCAGGGGAACCACGAAGCUAGAAAGUCCGAAGUGGAUACCAUGACACGUGUACGGAUAGAAAUCGGGGCUAAAAGUAAAGAGUGCGAUGAUGAUCACGUUUCGCACGCUUGAUAGUUGUAACAGCCACUCACGCCAUAUAAAAGGGCUUGCGUGGUGUUUCUUUUCUGAAAGGCUCGAAGAUGACCAAACUACCCUGCAAGUAUUUAGACAUGACAAGGAUACCCUUAUUUUUCUUAAAGUGCCUUCACUUCUGUUUGUUGUAUUUGUAAAUUUUGGACCUAGAUUGCCGGGGAUUCAAAGCGGAAAUGUAAAGGGGUUGUGGAUUGAUUAUAAUGUAUUACUUAAUAUUUUUCGAUGGAAA